UUCAAGACCAACAUGCUUUCACAAAUCAUCAAGACAAACACUGUUAGAGCUCUCAAGACCUCAGUCUCUAUGCCACAGAGGGCUGCGUUGAUUGCUUUCAAGAAUGAGAGAGAUUGCGACUGCACCUGUUCAAGAGUCCCGGUUGUUGCUAAGAAGCAGGGCGAGGAGUGUGGUAGCACCGGUUGCUCGUGUGAUUAAGAGCGUUCAGCAUCAUGGUAUUUAUACAAAUUUAUUAUAUCUUGGGGAUUUUUUAGAGAGACGACUGCUGGUCUCAACGGGUUAGUUCAAUUUUCAUCAUGAUGACAUCUUUUCUGGGUCAAAUGUAUUUCAACGUGGUAUAAUCAAAGGAA